AUGCGAAGAAAUUCAAUGGUGAGUGAAAAUUUCGAGCCUCUCCGAAGAUCGGCAACCAUUCUAUCAGUUAUUUCCGCAGAAGACGUUCGCGAUGAACCCAUACUUCUCACAAUCAUUGAAAAUGCAAAUAUGGAUGGAGUUAAACACUUACAGACAGAUGAUCCUUUUUCAAAAUAUUUUUGGGCAGCAAUAAUCAUAAUAUUCGUAUUAUUAGCAUGUUUCCAAAGUUUUAAACAAAUCAAUAUGUACUUAACUACACCUGUAGCAACAAAUAUCGAAGCAGCUUAUCCGAAUCAAAUACCAUUUCCUGUUGUUGCUAUCUGCAAUAAUAAUCAGUACAGGUAA